AGGCAGGGAGGGUUUUGGAAUUUGGCCGCCGUUUGCGUUGCGCUUGCGUUGCGUGGGUAGGGGAAGGAGUAGCAGGCGGCCAGGCGCAGAGCCGCAAAAGCAGACGCGGAAGCAGCUCAGGGCCCAAGCGAGCCGAAGCGGGGAGGCGACGCCGCUGCACUACCGCUCGCCUGGUCAAGCGAUUUGCCGCCUCGCGGGAGCCAGUUUUGGCGUCGGCGUCGGCGGCGGCGGCGGCGGCGUUGGCGGGGAGUUCCCGGAGAGGGGUUCCGGUGACCGGCGAGGAUGAGCGGCGGCGGCGGCGGCGGCGGCGGUGGGGGAGCCAGGGGACCGUCGGGGCCCGUGCCGGCGUCCGCGAGGAAGCUCGUGCAGGGGCUCAAGGAGAUCGUCAACCGUCCCGACGCGGAGAUCUACGCGGCGCUGCGGGAGUGCGACAUGGACCCCGACGAGGCGGUCAGCCGCCUCCUCUCCCAAGAUACUUUUCAAGAGGUAAAGAGCAAGCGUGAUAAGAAAAAGGAGGUCAGUCGAGUUAAAGAAACCCCAGAGCCAAGAUCUCGAGGGGCAAGUAACUCGAGUCGAUCCAGUAGAGGUGGCGGGGACCGUGCUGGACGCAGUUCAGUUCAAUCUGGAUCCAGUGGUACUGAUUAUAUGGCUUCAAGGUCAUCAAUAUUGGGGCCUGCUGUGCCAGCUACGAAUGCCAUGCAGAAGCCAGCAGUUCCUAGUUCGUCCACAAACAAAGAUGUGGUUCCUAAUGGAUCAGUUGGAGCACCACAAUCAUCAUCUGGUUUUCAGCACAAUUGGUUUGGGGUGCCAGGUCAGAUGUCAAUGGCUGAUAUAGUGAAAAUGGGAAGACCUCAAGUGAGGUCUUCUGGCAAGCCUAUGGCUGCAGCAAAACAAUCUACAAGCACAGCCCUACCAACUACUUUUGAUCAGGGCUUUCCUGCUCUCCCAGACCCUAUUCCACAUACUGUGAAUUCUAGUCAUGGUUCUGCUGGGAACAACCAUACACAUGAGAAUGAUUGGUUUCCUCGGGAUGAGCCGCCAUCUGGAGCUCAGUCCACAGGCAUUGAGGCAUCUGGUGACCAGUCGCUAUCGGUGGCAUCACUGGACCAAUCUAUGUUGGUUGCUGAUGCUGCUUACUCACAAGAAAAUUCUCAUGCAGAAGAGAACAACUCCAUUGCAGUUAAAGCAACACUGUCUUCUGAAAGACACUUGGAAAUUGUGGAGGAGGACAAUCAUUUCAACGAUGGGUUGCAGAACUCAAGUGCUUACCAGGCUCAAUUGCAUUCCUAUGUUGAUAAUGAAGUUGAGAUUUCCAAUGUUGAUGCAGAAUCAGCUGCAGCAAACUUUCAGCAUUUAAGCCUACAAAAUGAAGAUACAGUGGCAACCAAGUCUGCUGAAGAUAACCCUGCGGUUAUACUCCCUGAUCACCUACAAGCUGCAAAUGCAGACUGUGCUCAUUUGAGCUUUGGUAGUUUUGAAUCUGGUGCCUUCUCUGGCUUGCUUUCGUCAAAGGUCCCAAAAGGCAGUUUGGAGGACAAUGAGGUGCAUAUUCCAGAUGAAUCCCCAUCAGUUAAUCGAAUAGAUGUCAGGAAUCAAGAUUACUAUGACAACGAUGCUCUAAAUUCUUCAGCAAAUGAGGAUGUUGAGACAAGAAUUGGUACUAACAUGGAUAACAUUGAUGGACCUUCAGUUUCAGAGUCUGAUGUACUGAGGCAGGGGGCCAUAGAUGUGCCUGGUCUUCAAUAUGAGCUGCCAUCAGUUUCAAGUCAUGCAUAUUCAAACACAACACAGCCAAUUACAAUGGAAGACCCACAAGGAAACACACAAGCACAACCCCUUUCCCAUUUUUCUGGCUUACUGCAAGCAAAUACUCUACCCAAUAACUUGUUGGGGUCAAAUCAUACCCCUCUUCGGGAGUUUGACUUCUCGCAGUUGCUUCAGACACAGUCAGCUCCAAAGUAUAACCCAUCUGUUGCACCUAAUAAUCUGCCAGCAAUCUCCAUGCAAGAGACUUUAAAACCAGGAGGCUUCCCCAACACUCAGUCUACACAACAUGUUCCCAGUACAAGCAUUCCGUCGGGUCUUCCUCUCCCACAACAAUUGCCUGUAUACUCUCAGCCAACUCUGCCUCUUGGGCCUUUUACCAGCCUGGUUGGCUAUCCAUAUUUGCCUCAGAACUAUUACCUACCUUCAGCAGCCUUCCAGCAAGCGUACUCAAGUAAUGGGCCUUUCCAUCAAUCUGCUGCUCCUGCUGUGCCUGGAGCUGGUAUGAAGUAUUCGAUGCCACAAUACAAGAGCAGCCCUCCUGCUUCAAGCUUACCACAGCCAUCAUCGCUCUCUGGUUAUGGAGGGUUCGGAAAUGCAAAUAAUAUUCCUGGAAAUUUCAGCCUAAAUCAGGGUGCUCCCUCUGCGCCCACAACUUUGGGAUUUGAUGAAGCUUUAGGCACACAAUUCAAAGACCCCAACCAUUAUGCAGCUCUACAGCAGAGUGAUAAUUCGGCAAUGUGGCUUCAUGGAGGCGCUGGUUCAAGAACAGUUUCUGCAGUUCCGCCUGGUAACUUCUAUGGUUUCCAGGGCCAGAGCCAGCAGGGUGGCUUCCGCCAGACACAUCAGCCCUCUCAAUACGGUGGUCUUGGGUACCCAAGCUUCUACCAGUCGCAGGCCAGUCUGCCACAGGAGCACCCCCAGAACCCCACCGAGGGAAGCUUGAACAAUCCGCAGGGGGUACCAUCCCAGCCAUCGCACCAGCUCUGGCAGCACAGCUACUAAACCUUCUGUGCUCUCUUGAGAGAUGCCUCUCUACACUGCCAGGUUACCUGCAAAGCCUUGGCAUGCUGCGCCGUGAAGCGAGCAGACUAGCUGAGCUGCCGUCUUGAGCGCUGCUGAGCAGAGGAGGAUCCAUCCAACAGCGAUGAAGUGUGUUGUUUUUCUUUUCCUUUUUUUUCCCUUCCAGCUGUGUGUUCUGGAUCAAAAUUAGGCUGUCGUGGUUUUUACUUGAUAGUGAGUGGUGUUGCAGAGGUGCUAUCUUGUAACGGUAAAGUCCUAACUCAUCUAACAGAUCUGCUUCUCAUACCCCUGUAAUGUGCCAUUUUGUUCUUGAUGCCUACAAGCUUCUACGUGUUCCAGCUACACUUGAUAUGCAUGCAUGUUUAUGAAGCUGCAGUCCUGGUUUGCA